AUGAAGUAUUUCACCAGACUCAGAGUCCGCAGAGUUUACAGCUGGCGCGGGAAACCGCUGCGAUUCAACCGGAAGCUGAAGACGUUCGAAUAUGGCUCGUUGUCCAUCAGUGUGGACGGCCUCCCGAGGACCACCGUCAUCAACGCCGGCCAGCACAUCCUCAUCGAGGGCGAGGACGAGGACAACCCGUACGUGGCCAAAGUCGUCCGGCUCUUCAGUGACGAGAGCGGGAAGCAGAAGAAGGCGGUGGUGCAGUGGUUUGCUCGCGUGUCCGAAGUGCCUCUGAGCAAACUGAAGCUGCUGGGCAGGGAGCCGCACCCUCAGGAGAUCUUCUACUACCAGGGUCGCAGCUGUGACGACGAGGUCAACGCCGAGUCCAUCCUCCGACCUGUGCAGGUGAAGCACCUGGACGGCCCGGCGCCGUUUCCCGACUCGCAGGACAAGGACACUCUGUACGUGAAGAUGUCCUGGGACUCCAAGACCUUCAAGCUGGUGGAGUCUGCUGUGGUGGAGUCUGCGUCUGAACCCACGCCGGCAUCCUCUCCCCCCCGCUGUCCCAAACCCUCCUUGCCCCCCUCGCCCCCCCGGUCCCCGCCCGCGGCAGCUCCAGCGUCUCGAGGCCCCCCCCGACGCGCCCUGCCCACACCGGACCCUUCCAUCAUGCACAGAGCCUCCUCGGGGGACGUGAGGUACCGAAGGGCGACCAUGAGCGCCGGCAAGGCCAGCGCCGCGGAGGCCGAGUCGCUGCACUCCACCUCCAAACUGUCCGCCUCCAAAUGUCUGAGCGCCAAGAGGAGGAGCUACUCCGCCUCGACGCCAGGAGUCCGCAAGAAGCUGCAGCUCAACAGUCCGGAGAAGAUGACGCGAGAAGACCUGGUUGACCAUCUGCUGGACGGGGAGCUGGAGUCUGUGAUGUUUGCGCAGAGGCUCUCGUCCUCUCCUCCUCAGGCCCACAGCCUCACGCCGCUCAGCAAGACCCCCAGAGCCCCCAGCACCCCCCACGCCCACCGACUCGUCCCCCGACUCACCCCCUUCAGGAAGACCCUCGGAGAGCCGGCCGGCGAGGACGCAGCCCACCCGAAGCCUUCUGACAGCCCACCACCGUCUAGGAGAGAAGACUCCACCAGUCCUCAGCAGCGUGAUGUGAUGGACGCAGAGUUUCUCUCCGGCUCGGUCAAAACACCACGAAGAAGAAAUGCCACUCCGAGGAGAGACGUGUCCACCAGGGGGCAGAAAGCUGCGACGCCAUCUCGAAGGAAGGAAGCGAAAACCCCGAGGGAACCUGCCCUCGCUGCUCUGGCCGAGGUGGACAACGAGAACUCUCCCGCGCUGCCGGCCGCCGUCACGCCGCGGAGCUCCAAGAGGAAGUCGGCCCAGCUGGUGUCGUCUCGCAUCAGGAAGCAGCUGAAUCUCAUGGACAACCAUCAGUUCUCGAACUCAGACGGCGAAGAGGAGGACGAGUUUGUUCCAUCGAAGAAGGAGCUGCAGAGCAGCAGUGAGGAAGAGGAAGAGGAGGAGGAAGAGGAGGAGGAGGAGGAGGAGGAAGGCCUGGAUAGUGAUGAGGAAACUGUAGCGAAGAGGAGCCGACGCAGUGCAGCCGCUUCUCACACUCCUCGUUCAAAGAGGAAAACUCGUGUCUCUACCAGGACGCCGCGUAAGACUCCCAACAAGAAGAUCACACCCGGCACGCCACGCACCCCCCGUCACGCCACCCCCAGCAUCCCCAGCAGGUCACUGCCCGCCCGACGUCCUGGUAAUGUCCUGGAGGAGGCCCGAGCCAGGCUGCACGUGUCCUCGGUGCCGGAGUCUCUUCCCUGCCGGGAGCAGGAGUUUCAGGACAUCUACAGCUUCGUGGAGAGCAAGAUCUCCGACGGGACCGGAGGGUGCAUGUAUAUCUCCGGCGUGCCGGGCACAGGGAAGACGGCCACGGUGCACGAGGUGAUGCGCUGUCUGCAGCACGCCGCCGAGGUGGACGAGAUCCCUCCGUUCCACUUCAUCGAGAUCAACGGGAUGAAGAUGACCGAUCCUCAUCAGGCCUACGUCCAGAUCCUGCAGAAACUGACGGGUCAGAAGGCGACGGCCGACCACGCUGCCGCCCUGCUGGAGAGGAGGUUCAGCAACCCGGCGCCCAGGAAGGAAACCACAGUGCUGCUGGUGGACGAGUUGGACCUGUUGUGGACGCGGAAGCAGAACGUGAUGUACAACCUGUUCGACUGGCCCACGCGGCGCCACGCCCGCCUGGUGGUGCUGACCAUCGCCAACACCAUGGACCUGCCGGAGAGGAUCAUGAUCAACAGGGUGGCCAGCAGACUGGGACUGACGCGGAUGUCCUUCCAGCCGUACAGCUUCAAGCAGCUGCAGCAGAUCAUCAUGUCCAGGCUGAACAAGGUGAAGGCCUUCGAGGAGGACGCUCUGCAGCUCGUGUCCAGGAAGGUGGCCGCGCUGUCGGGCGACGCACGCCGCUGCCUGGACAUCUGCCGCCGGGCCACGGAGAUCUGCGAGCUCUCGGCUGCCACGGGCCUGGUGGGAAUGAGCCAUGUGAUGGAGGCGCUAAAUGAGAUGUUCUCCUCCGCCUACAUCACCGCCAUCAAGUGUGCGUCCGUGCAGGAGCAGCUCUUCCUCCGGGCCGUCAUCACCGAGUUCCGUCGCCUCGGACUGGAGGAGGCCACGUUCCAACAGGUGUUUGUGCAGCACCAGGCUCUGUGCCGGGUGGAGGGUCUGCAGCCCGUGGGCGUGUCCGAGGGUCUGGCCGUGUGCCAGCGCCUGGGGGCCUGCAGGCUGCUGCUGCUGGAGCCCAGCCGCCUGGGGGUCCUGCAGAGGGUCCGCCUCAACGUCAGCCAGGACGACGUGCUCUACGCCCUGAAGGCCGACUGAAGGACGCCCCCGGUCAGGAGACGUGUGGGAAGGAUCUCACUGAUAUGAAUAAUGAUAAAGGUGAGGGUGGC